AUGCCGCCAGUGGCAGAAGGACGACUGCAAGGUGACCCUGAACAGGUAAACGAAGAGCAAAGCUGUGCCGAGGAAGCACAGGCUGCCUCCCCCACGCCAAACAGCGAGGUCGAACAGCCAGCUCCGCCGCCCAAGCAAGUGAACAUUACCGAGUUGCACUCCUUGCCAGACAUUGUAUCAGCUCUCGGGCAGCGUCUGCCAGAAGUCGAUGAUGAAAAGCUGGCUAAGCUGGCUGAGCUACUCCAGCCGCCCAAGCAAAUCGACAUCACCUCCCUAGACUCCCUUCGGGCAAUUACCUCGGCUCUCAAGCACCGACUGCCCGAGGUCGACGAUCAAACGAUAGCCAAGAUUGCUGAAGUACAGCAAAAUGCGAAUUCAAUUGCUUCUAAACGUGUCCGUCUGGCCCAAGCAAAGGGUAGGUCCGACAUUUCAGAAGAUCUUGCUAUGGUCAAAGAGCACACUACGCCGCUCAAUAGAGAGAAUUGGUUCCAAUGGAGACAAGAGCUGAGGCUCAACAUGGUCAUGGUCAGCUACGCGGACGAACUCUUGUUCGGCGAAGACGAGAUUGAGUACACUCCCUUCCUCGAGGAGUUGGAUCGAAAACUCGUCGCCACCAUCUACCUCACCCUCGAUGCAGACGGUCCUGUGGCUGUCCGCUACCAAUACUUGAAACGACGACAUGAAUGUUCCAACGGCCGAGAAUUGUUGAAGCUUCUCGAGUCUGAGCUCAAGCCUGGCGGACAUUGGAAGCAGGUCUGGACUCUUUACAAGCUGUACAAAGUCUCGCUAGUGAACGAUGACAUUGACAAGGCUAUCGAAAAGAUCGAUAGAUGGGCCUACGACGCCUGGAACCUGGGAGUGCCUGUGCCAGAGGCGCACAAGUGUGCCAUGCUCUUGAAGUUGACCAUCGGUAAAGAGCCGUACCGCGUAGCUUGGACCCAAUUGCAAUCCGAGAAGGCUUGCAAUGACUGGAUUGCUGUCAGCAGCGCACUUCGAUGGGCUAAUGAAUUUGAGAGAACUUCUUACCGAUGA